GGUAGCCAUUUAUCGUGAUAUUUCUGAAACAGCCAGUUGUGUGCGAGUUGAAAAGUUCAAUAUUUUCGAGAAUUUACGACUGUUUGCGAGAUUCGCGAACUGUAUCGUAGUCGCUAAUUGUGCGAAUCGUCAUGAGUGCUCUGUUGUUUGCGUGCUCGCGCUGUUUCUCCAGACAUCCGUUCGAAGAGCUUUCGCCCGGCCAGCAGUUGUGCAAGGAAUGUCGCGGUGCGUUCCCAGUGGUGAAGUGCACAUACUGCCGGUCGGAGUUCCAGCAAACCACAAAGGGCAGCACCAGCACGAUCUGCAAGAAAUGCGAACAGAACGUAAAGGCGUACGGCAAGCCAACGGCAUGCGAGUACUGCAAUAUCAUCGCUGCAUUCAUCGGCAACAAGUGUCAGCGAUGCACCAAUUCCGAGAUCAAGUAUGGCCCACCCGUCAAUUGCGAGCAGUGCAAACAGAAGUGCGCAUUUGAUCGGCACGAUGACGACAAAAAGGUGGAUGGUAAAUUAAUGUGUUGGCUGUGUACUUUAUCCUACAAACGAGCUCUGGCGAAGACCAAACAGUCAGAUGCGGACCGAAGACACAUGAAAAUGUCCCAAAUUCGAAAUAAACACAAAGACGGAAAAUUACGAUCACAUAACAAACGUCCGCAGCGCGUGGACGUGACAAAAAUGCCGCCGCCGGAUGAUAACGGCCCGGCGAACAAAAUCGCUCGCAACGGCCCCGGCCUCACUCGCGCCGACCUCGACCCCAACAGUUCCGAUCACAUGGUGGCGAUGACCCAGCUCAAGGAGCAGAUCGCCAGCCUCCAGAAACAACUAACUAUGAAGGAUGCGCAGAUGCUCACCAAGGAUAAACAUAUAACUGAAUUAAAAGCAAAACAUUUUACAACCGAGAAUGAGUUGCGCACAAAAAUGAAGAACAUUCAGAAAGAGUACGAUACUAAGGUAGACGCGUAUAACGUGCGCAUACAGGGCUUGAUGAAAGAAGUCGCUAGUCUGUCAAAGAGCACCAAGCGGGACCGCUUGUCCGCCGCCAAGGAAAGCUCGAAUAAUAGCGGAAGCGGAACGGACAGCCCCAACGCGUCCUAGGGAUGCGAUUUGUAAUAAAAUAAAAACACACACAAACCCAACACGCAUGGUUUAUUCUAGAACAUUAAGCGAAACAAUUAUUUGUUAUUUAGAGGAAUAUUGAAUUAAUAAGUGAUGCUUGAGUUGGAUAUGGCCAAAAAAAUGAAAACGCACUCUUGUAUUUGUACAUUCUGCGAGAAUAUCCAACAGUCCAAAAUUAGUUAUCACCUACUUUAAUUAAGUUAUGCAUAAUUUUUAACUUGUGUGUUGUGUAGAUGGUUGAUUAACUACUUUUCUUUCCGAACGGUACUGUUUCACCGUUCGAGCUGUAAACGUGCUCAAUUCUAAUGGUUAUUUUAUCAUGUAAUUAUUGCAAAUAGGAUUGUUUGUUGGCCUAACAUAAGAUAAACAAACGAAACGGAAAAUAUGUUUUCUUCAUACAUAUGCGCAACAAACUGUAUUUUUUUGACGAUUUAGUUUUCAUUCACUUAACACUUACAUGAUGGUUGAAGAAUUGUGAACGUUCGAACUGAAAUAUUUAUUUUUGGCUGCCGCCGAUUACAAUUAUGCUUCUAUGUUUACCUAAAUGAUAUUUUUAUAAAUAAAAUGCCACGGAUGUGGUCGGAUGAA